AUGCAAGACGACAGCAUAGAAGCGUCUACUUCCAUCUCUCAGCUUCUGAGAGAAAGCUAUCUAGCUGAAACCAGACAUCGUGGGGACAAUGAGCGCAGUCGAGCAGAGCCCACCUCCAAUCCUUUCCAUUUCGGCAGCCCUGGGGCUGCAGAAGGAGGAGGCCCAGAGGACCUUCCGGAUCUUUCCGCCUUCCUGAGCCAAGAAGAGUUAGACGAAAGUGUCAAUCUGGCAAGGCUGGCCAUCAACCACGACCCCUUGGAGAGAUUAGAUGAAGCUCAAGCUAGGAAACGUCUGUCUUCCGACCAGACGAAGCAUUCGCCCAAACCAAGCUUCGACCCUGCCUUCUGCCAGGACAGCCCCCGAGCUCCUACCAGCCCUAAAGACAGCCCCCCGGAGACCAAGAGGCCACAGUACAGUUCUGAAACCCAGUCCAAGAAAGUAUUCCUGAACAAGGCUGCGGAUUUCAUCGAAGAGCUGUCUUCCCUUUUCAAGGCUCACAGCUCCAAGAGGAUCAGACCUCGAGCUUGCAAAAACCACAAGAGCAAAAUGGAAUCUCAAAACAAAGUCCUGCCGGAAAACAGCCCCACUUUCUCAGAUCUGACGGAAAGGCGAGAGAGAGCAUCCGUCCCCAUCCCCAUCCCCGCAGACAGCAGGGACAAUGAAUUGAACCACGCAAUUGAACAGCGGGAAGCCAAGAGGCGGGAAGCUGAGCUGGCUGCAGGUGAAGCUGCCGCGGGAGACAGCACCCCAGGGUCUUCACCUUCGUCCCUGUACUAUGAAGAACCUCUAGGGCAGCCUCCCCGCUUCACACAAAAGUUACGGAGCCGAGAAGUUCCUGAAGGAAGCAGAGUCCAGUUGGAUUGCAUAGUGGUAGGAAUUCCACCGCCCCAAGUAAGCUGGUACUGUGAAGGUAAGGAGCUAGAACAUUCUCCAGACGUUCACAUCGUGCAGGCGGGGAACCUGCACUCUCUGACCAUCGCUGAAGCCUUCGAAGAGGACACAGGACGGUAUUCGUGCUUUGCUUCCAACAUCUAUGGGACAGACUCAACUUCUGCUGAGAUUUACAUAGAAGGAGUCUCUUCCUCCGACUCAGAAGGGGACCCCAACAAAGAAGAGAUGAAUCGAAUCCAGAAGCCAAAUGAGGUGGCAUCAGCCUCCACUACCUCUGCAGCCAUUCCUCCAGCAGCACGAGCCCAGCCUUCUGUGGCCCAGCCCCGAGUGUCCACUGUCCAGCAGUGUCAGAGUCCUACCAACUACUUGCAAGGACUGGACGGAAAGCCUAUCAUUGCAGCUCCAGUGUUUACAAAGAUGCUACAGAACUUGUCAGCCUCCGAGGGCCAGCUGGUUGUCUUUGAGUGCAGAGUGAAAGGGGCCCCAUCCCCAAAAGUCGAAUGGUACAGAGAAGGGACCUUGAUAGAGGACUCUCCAGACUUCAGGAUCUUACAGAAGAAGGAGAUCUGCACGUUAGUCAUUGCUGAGGUGUUCUCAGAGGACUCGGGGUGCUUCACGUGCACGGCAAGCAACAAAUACGGCACGGUGUCUAGCAUCGCGCGGUUGGACGUGAGAGGAAAUGAAGACAUCAGUGAUAAUGGGGCUCUUCACUCAGCCAACUCAACAGCUCACCCAGCAGUGGCAGAACAACAGCCCUCCCCGCCCAACCCACAGCCUCCUCCUGAGGACCAGCCCCCGAAACCCAAACUUGAAGGGGUCCUGGUGAACCAUAAUGAGCCCCGGUCCAGCUCCAGGACUGGGCUAAGGGUGCACUUCAACCUCCCCGAAGAUGACCAAGAGAGUGAAGCAUCUUCUGGGAGCGGAGUGGCCAACACAAGCCAGACUAGGCCUGACUCCUUCCCUGAGAGGUUCAAUGGACAGGAAGCCAGAAUCCCAGAGCCUUCCUCGCCUGUCAAAGAGCCCCCUCCCGUCCUGGCCAAACCCAAACUCGACUCCACUCAGUUACAACAGCUUCAUAACCAGGUGUUACUGGAACAGCAGCAACUGCAAAAUACAUCUCCUUCGUCCCCGACGGAGUCGUCUUUCAACAUGAGCGUCUCAAACUCGGUUCUCCCAGCAGGGACCAUUUCCAGCAAGCAGGUGAAGGGCCCUGCACCACAGACACUCACCUUGGCCAGGCCGAAGCAUUUCUUCCCCACUUCAAGCGUUUCUAAGGCAACCGCGUCCCCAUCCAGCUCCCCGGUGUUCACCCUCAGUAAUACUCCUCAAACAAUUCAGAGGACAGUCAGCAAAGAAAGCCUCUUGCUGUCUCACCCCGCCGCCCAAAGCCGAUCUCCAGGCAGCCUCUCCAUGCAAAAUGAGCCGGCUCCUCCAGGCCCCGCAGAGCCGGUGGCACCGCCACCACCGCUCUCAUAUCCCACCCCCGAUGGAAACCAGUUUCAGCCUCACUGUGUCUCCCCAACUCCUGUCUCUCCUACCGGCCGGAUUCAGAACCCAGUGGCUUUCCUCAGCUCUGUUCUUCCUUCUCUCCCAUCCGUUCCACCCACUAAUGCCAUGGGGCUGCCUAAAAGCGCACCAUCUGUACCGCCCCAGGGUCUGAUGAAGAGAACUGCAAAGGUUCCUCACACAGUGAGUGACGAUUACAUCCGAGAGGCUAAGAACUCGGUGAUUCUAGACUUGGGGAAGAAAGUGAAUUUUGGUGACGUCAGAUCGCACCAGCAGGAAUAUAAAAUCUCAAGCUUUGAACAGAGGCUGAUGAAUGAGAUAGAGUUCCGCUUGGAGCGUACUCCCGUUGACGAAUCAGAUGACGAGAUACAACACGAUGAAAUCCCCACGGGCAAGUGUAUUGCACCCAUCUUUGACAAAAGACUCAAGCACUUCCGGGUGACUGAAGGGUCCCCAGUCACCUUCACCUGCAAAAUUGUCGGGAUACCCGUCCCAAAGGUUUAUUGGUUCAAAGACGGGAAGCAGAUUUCUAAGAGAAACAAGCACUGCAAAAUGAGGCGAGAGGGAGACGGGACCUGCUCCCUGCACAUUGAGUCCACCAACAGUGAUGACGACGGCAACUACACCAUCAUGGCGGCCAACCCCCAGGGGAGGAUCAGCUGUUCCGGCCACUUGAUGGUACAGAGUUUGCCCCUUCGAAAUCGACUCAGCCCUGCCAGUCAAUCUCACAGGGGAAGGUCCAGAAUGCAAGACAGAGACAAAGAACCGCUACAGGAACGCUUUUUCCGACCACACUUCCUGCAGGCCCCUGGGGAUAUGGUGGCUCACGAGGGCCGCCUCUGUCGGCUGGACUGUAAGGUGAGUGGCUUACCGCCCCCGGAGCUGACAUGGCUGCUCAAUGGGCAACCCGUGCUGCCAGACGCCUCCCACAAGAUGCUGGUGAGAGAGACCGGAGUCCAUUCUCUGCUCAUUGAUCCGCUCAUGCAGCGUGACGCAGGGACCUAUACGUGCGUGGCUACCAACAAAACUGGGCAGAAUUCCUUCAGUUUGGAGCUCACAGUAGUAGCUAAAGAGGUGAAGAAGGCACCUGUGAUCCUGGAGAAGCUCCAGAACAGUGGUGUUCCCGAGGGCCACCCGGUGAGGCUGGAGUGCCGCGUCAUAGGCAUGCCACCUCCUGUGUUCUACUGGAAGAAAGACAACGAGACCAUCCCCUUCAGUAGAGAGAGGAUCAGCAUGCACCAGGACACCACAGGCUACGUCUGCCUCCUCAUCCAGCCAGCCAAGAAAUCUGACGCUGGGUGGUAUACGCUGUCUGCCAAGAACGAAGCUGGCAUCGUGUCCUGCACAGCUAGGUUGGAUAUAUACGCUCAGUGGCACCAGCAGAUCCCACCACCCAUGUCCAUCCGGCCCAGCGGCAGCCGCUAUGGAUCUCUCACCAGCAAAGGACUUGACAUCUUUUCUGCCUUCUCCUCCGUGGAAAGCACAAUGGUGUACUCCUGCACCUCUCGGAGUGUAGUGGAGAGCGACGAACUUUAAGGGCGCCCGCUGUGUAAGAGGGUAGACUGUGGAGGGGAAGGAAGACUGAUCGUAGGCAGUGGUUUCCAAGUAACUGGAUCUGGGAUGCGUUCCCACCCUGCUGGACCUGUGAGAAGUGUUUUAAGUUAAGCUGGCUGGGGCUUUUUGAGCCUCGGCUGAG